AUGGCACUUUGUUUGGCUAUAUCACUUAUUGCUUGUCAAGACUUCAAUCCGUAUGAUCAAUUGGUUCGCUACAAAUGGUGGUAUCGACGUGGCUACAUGUCAUCAACUGGUCAUUGUUUUGAUAUUGGAGCAGCCACAAAAAAAUCUCUUCAAGAAUUUGAAAAGCGUCAAACAAAAUAUGCACAAGAUCAUGGCAUUGCUGAACAUCAAAUAGACUUUUUGCCCAAUCCUAAUCUUCCAGCGUUUGACGUCCGAUGCAGUAAAGAAGGUGUGGCUGGAAACGCACCCUUGAUGCGCAUCGCACCUGUACCGACCUUCUUCUUUCACGAUCCAGUAAAGGCCAUUGAAUAUUCUGGUAUGAGUGGAGAAAUCACUCAUGGAGAUGUCAAAGCUUAUGAUGCUUGUUGUUACUAUGGAGCUCUUAUCGUAGCUGCGCUUAAUGGUGAAGACAAAGAUGAAUUGACUAGUAAAACAUUUUACGAUAAACAUUUAGCAUGGUUCGGUGGUCGAAAACUUGAUCCUGAAGUUAUGGAAAUUGCUCGAGGAUCGUACCAAAGAAAAGGUGGAUAUGAGGAUGGAAUUAGAGGAAAAGGAUACAUUAUCAAUGCUAUGGAAGCUGCUUUAUGGGCAUUUUGGAGUGAAGACUCGUUUGAGAAAGGUAUACUUAAUGCAGUGAAUCUAGGCGAUGAUACAGAUACAACUGCAGCUAUCUAUGGUCAAUUGGCUGGUGCUCAUUACGGAUACAAGAAAAUACCCGGAAAAUGGUUGAAGUCUAUUUAUGCUAAAGAUUUUAUUCGUUGCAUAAGCAGUUGGAUCACCUAUGAAGGGGAAAAAUGGUUUAGAAAACAAUCUAAUUUAGGUUCCGGUGAAACAAUAAAUUCUGUAAAUAACAAGCCGUCCAAUGCGGAACCGAAUGUCUUUAAAGCUUCGAUGAAAAGCUUAAUUGUAAAAACUGAAAGUUCAUCGAUUGGAACUAUAACUUCAAGUACCGUUCAACGAAAGGGAAUUAAUCCUGUUGGUCAUAUAGGAUGUCUGUAUGAUGGAUGGCGAGAUCAUCUUAUAGAAUCGUCGAAUAUCAAUUUGAAUAUAAAGGAAAGUUCUUCAUAUCCAUGGGGAAAAUGUAUGAUAAAAAUUGGUGACAAACUUGAAAAUCGAAACAUUCUUCAACUAAUUGAUUUUCCUACUGACCUCAGAUUGAGUGUGUUAUCAGAUUUGGUUAUACCGGAGGGUAUUGCUGCAGUGAUCAAUUAUCCCUAUGAAAUCGAUGAAUACACUCGCAUCUUUUAUUAUACAUAUCUGCUACACAUGUCAUCACCGCAAUAG